CUUCAGCGCUGCUUGACUUUCCUACAGCAGUGGACAGUUUUGUGUAGGCCCCUGCCUUCAUAAAACAAUAUGAAACAUCGCAUUAAUGACUGUGUAGAUAUAAAGUUGAAUAUGCUAAUAUUAUAUAGCAAAACAUUUUCUUCGACAUACAUUUCCCCUUCUGCUUUUAAAGAAAAUAUUUUUAGAGAUCUCCAAAAGUGUUGUGGCCCAAGGCACUGUGCCAGAGCCCAGGGGUAAGUAGCUGGUCUCCUUGCUGGAUCUCCCGUCUGACAGAUUAUAAAGUGGGCUUAGAAAAAGCAAUGGAGCAAGCGAGUCAGGGCAGGGUGGCCUGCUGUUGCCUGCUCGGUGAAAGUCAGGUGGUACUUAUUGUGUGGGGCGAUAGCGCACAGGAUAAACUGAUGCGGAGUGCAAACCUUACAGCGCAACCAGGCACAGAGUGUGUGCGCAAUGAAAGUUAGUUGGCAGGUUUUCCCUCCUCCGAGAGCACUGCGGUCCACAGGAUCCAAGGUGUACCCGGGGCUGGAGAACCAGGCUGGUUGGUCCUGGGAUAGAGCCUGCACUUGUCCGCGUAUCCGGUGCUUUCUCCCACCAGACCCUGGGAAUCUAGCGUCGCAAAAUAAACAUCACCGCGCUGCUAAUCGGCAGCUCGGAAACAAAACAGCGCUGCUCUGGGGGAUCUGGGCGCAAUCCGCCCUCCCUCCUCCCGCUCCUUCGCCGCCCGCCCCUCCUCGCGCGGCUCUGCUCGCUCUGCUCUGCUCUCAGCGCAGCGCAGCUCCGCAGCCGCCAAAGCGAGGCGGCACGGUCUCCCCUCCGCCAACGCCGCUCCGGCUCCAGUCCUCCAGGUCUCGCCUCCACCGCCUGCAUUAUUCCGGGCAGGGGUGGCUUGGCGGGGGUCGGCCACAGCUGCACAAAGUUGGGGGGCCCGCGAGGAUGAGGCUGUCGCCCGCGCCCCUGAGGCUAAGCCGGUGUCCGGCGCUGCUGAUCCUGGCGCUGCCCCUGGCCGCGACGCUGGCCUUCUCCGACGAGACCCUGGACAAAGUGUCCAAGUCCGAGGGCUACUGCAGCCGCAUCUUGCGCGCCCAGGGCACGCGGCGAGAGGGCUACACCGAGUUCAGCCUCCGCGUGGAAGGCGACCCUGACUUCUACAAGCCGGGAAGCAGCUACCGCGUGACCCUUUCAGCUGCUCCUCCCUCCUACUUCAGAGGCUUCACACUAAUUGCCCUUAAAGAGAACCGAGAGGGAGAUAAGGAAGAGGAUCAUGCUGGAAGCUUCCAGAUUAUAGAUGAAGAAGAAACACAGUUUAUGAGUAACUGCCCUGUUGCGGUCACUGAAAGCACCCCUCGGAGGAGGACUCGGAUCCAGGUGUUUUGGAUAGCGCCACCAGCGGGGACAGGCUGUGUGACUCUGAAGGCCAGCAUCGUCCAGAAACGCAUUAUUUAUUUUCAAGAUGAGGGCUCUCUGACCAAGAAGCUGUGUGAACAAGAUCCCACACUCGACGGGGUGACAGACAGACCAAUCUUAGACUGUUGUGCCUGUGGAACUGCCAAGUACAGGCUCACAUUUUACGGGAACUGGUCCGAGAAGACUCACCCCAAGGAUUACCCUCGUCGAGCUAAUCACUGGUCUGCCAUCAUCGGUGGAUCCCACUCCAAGAACUACGUGCUGUGGGAGUACGGAGGAUAUGCCAGCGAAGGCGUCAAGCAAGUUGCAGAAUUGGGCUCACCAGUGAAAAUGGAGGAAGAAAUUCGACAACAGAGUGAUGAGGUCCUCACUGUCAUCAAAGCCAAAGCCCAGUGGCCUGCCUGGCAGCCUCUCAAUGUGAGAGCAGCACCCUCAGCUGAAUUUUCAGUAGACAGAACUCGCCAUUUAAUGUCCUUCUUGACCAUGAUGGGCCCCAGUCCCGACUGGAAUGUGGGCUUAUCUGCAGAAGAUCUCUGUACCAAGGAGUGUGGCUGGGUCCAGAAGGUGGUGCAAGACUUGAUUCCCUGGGAUGCCGGCACUGACAGUGGAGUGACCUAUGAGUCACCAAACAAGCCCACAAUUCCUCAGGAAAAAAUUCGGCCCCUGACCAGUCUGGAUCAUCCUCAGAGUCCGUUCUAUGAUCCAGAAGGCGGGUCCAUCACUCAAGUGGCCAGAGUUGUGAUCGAGAGAAUCGCCCGGAAGGGAGAACAAUGCAACAUUGUACCAGACAAUGUCGACGACAUAGUAGCUGAUCUGGCUCCAGAAGAGAAAGAUGAAGAUGAUACCCCUGAAACCUGCAUCUACUCCAACUGGUCCCCGUGGUCGGCCUGCAGCUCCUCUACUUGUGAAAAAGGCAAGAGGAUGCGACAGCGCAUGCUGAAGGCGCAGCUGGACCUCAGUGUCCCCUGUCCUGACACCCAGGACUUCCAGCCCUGCAUGGGCCCUGGCUGCAGUGAUGAAGAUGGCUCCACCUGCACCAUGUCAGAGUGGAUCACCUGGUCACCCUGCAGCAUCUCCUGUGGCAUGGGCAUGCGGUCCCGGGAGAGGUACGUGAAGCAGUUUCCAGAGGAUGGCUCAGUGUGCACGCUGCCCACCGAAGAGACGGAGAAAUGCACCGUCAACGAGGAGUGCUCUCCCAGCAGCUGCCUGAUGACCGAGUGGGGCGAAUGGGACGAGUGCAGCGCCACCUGCGGCAUGGGCAUGAAGAAGCGGCACCGCGUGGUCAAGAUGAGCCCUGCAGACGGCUCCCUGUGCAAGGCAGAGACGUCCCAGGCGGAGAAGUGCAUGAUGCCCGAGUGCCACACCAUCCCAUGCUUGCUGUCUCCGUGGUCCGAGUGGAGUGACUGCAGCGUGACCUGUGGGAAGGGCAUGCGGACCCGCCAGCGGAUGCUCAAGUCUCUGGCAGAGCUGGGAGACUGUAAUGAGGAACUGGAUCAGGUGGAGAAAUGCAUGCUGCCCGAGUGCCCCAUUGACUGUGAACUCACCGAGUGGUCCCAGUGGUCAGAAUGUAACAAGUCAUGUGGAAAAGGCCACAUGAUUCGAACCCGAACAAUCCAAAUGGAGCCUCAGUUUGGAGGUGCCCCCUGCCCAGAGACUGUGCAACGCAAAAAGUGUCGUGUCCGGAAAUGCUUUCGCAACCCAUCAGUGCAGAAGCUGCGCUGGAGGGAAGCCCGAGAGAGCCGAAGGAGCGAGCAACUGAAGGAAGAGUCGGAUGGGGAGCAGUUCCCAGGCUGCCGGAUGCGCCCAUGGACGGCCUGGUCAGAAUGCACCAAGCUCUGUGGAGGCGGGAUUCAGGAGCGCUACAUGACUGUGAAGAAGAGGUUCAAAAGCCCCCAGUUUACCAGCUGCAAAGACAAGAGAGAAAUCAGAGCGUGCAACGUGCACCCUUGUUAGCAGGGGUAUAGUUCCCCAGGCUGCAUUCCAGAGUCUAGUCCCCAACGGCUGGGUGGUUGGUUUGCUUGUUUAAGACAAUUUAAACUGUGUCCACUAGUUUUCAUUUUUACAGUGUGGUUUGCCCAAUAGUCUUAUGGAUGCCAGAGACAUCCUGCCUGAGUACUUCUUGUGGGUACAGGCUGAGGGGGACUCCCUCGUUCUCAGCCGGCCCUCUUCCUGUUCCGAAAUGAGUAGUGUCAGUCACCUUGUACUAAACUGGUGUGUCCCAGUGGAGAAUCCCCUUGGCUAAGCGGAACAGAGACCCUGGCCACCUGCACAGGAAAAGGCAGCUCCGUGCUAGGGCAGCAGACAGGGACACGCUCUUCAAAUGCGCAGACCAGAUUCCCCUCUUUGUCAUCUUCGGCUGGUUCAUUCUUGCAGAAAACUGUUUCUCCACCUCUUUCCAUUUAGCACAACUCUAGGUCUCUUGAACAUCUCCUUAGGUAUAAGUUCUUGGGGAAAACAGUCCACCUGCCAAGGAGCACUGAUGUUGGGUGGCUUUGAUUCUUACACUAAGAAACUCUGGCUACUUUUAUCUCACUUCCAAAUACUGGUUCCUAAUACCCAAAAGGAUGACAGUGAUGAUGGCUGUUUUAUUCAAAUCUAAGGUAACAGUUCUUGAAGCAGCAUAGAUAAAGGAAACUAAGUGUAAAAAAAGUUCCUUUGUGUUUUCUGUUUGUUUUUGUUUUCUUUUAUCCUGCCAUAAUUUUUGGUGCCAUAAUUCUCCUAGGAGGCUAGACUUAUAAGCCUAUAAGGAUCUUUUGAUAACAGAUCCUUAUUAGAUCCAAUACCCAGGCAUCAAAAUUGGCCUACUAAUUCCAAACCUGACUUUUAAAAUCUUCCUACAUGUAUCCAGACCUUUUAGGUUUUCCAAUGUUUCUUAGAAGAAGGCAUUUUAUCUCUGAGAACUAUUUGCUAAUCUGCUCCAAGGUCCCCAAGUCAAUUCCUCAACACAAACACUAUCACUCUACUUAAAAGUUAUGUUUUAGUCAUAAAAUUUUUGGUUUAGAGAGACAACAUAUUUCAAUGACUAAGACAAAAUCUAGGAUAAAGCAUUUUGAAUUAAACCCUGCCUGCUGCUUUCUGGACCAGGAUCCCAGUCCGCACAGGCAACCAGCAAUUUCCACUUACUUCCAAACCAGUAGCAGUAUUCCAAAUUCAUGGAGCUUAGCUAAUGGCCAACAAUUAGAGUAAAGGUAUUUGUCUCUGUUGUGAGUCCAUCAGCAGGUUUUGCUCAUGCAUUUAUUGUUAAAAACCACUGUUACAUUUGUUUUGCAGGUCUUAUUUUUUAUUACUGCUUAAUCCAAAUACACACUGUGGGUGAGAUGCAUAUAGCGCUUUGAAUAUACUAUUUUAAGAAACUGCAUUAAACACGUCAGACUAUUUCUAACCACAACUAUGCUACAAUCCUGAAUAUGUAUUUUCCUUAACACAAGAGAGCCUGUUGAAUAAAAACAUGUCACUGGGUCUGUCUUUUGUUUUUAAGCUAAUUAAGCGGUCAGAUGGUGGGGUCUUUUUACUGUUGUCACCUAAUGCACCUCAACCAUUUUCAGGAAAAGAUGGGGAUUCUGCUCCCUCAUUCUGGAGGGGCUGUUAGUACCACAUCCCUUGGUCAUUUGAAGCUUGGGUUAUUUCUAAAAUUAUUGUUAAGUCUUUCAAUGAGUUGCUUUCUCCCCUCCAAGGAAGAUACUAUAAAGAAACGCGAGGCUUACAUUUCCACUUAGACCAAAAAAGGAAAGUGCUGACAGAAUCUGCUCGGCCCACUUCUGCAGCACCCUCGGAGUGAUCUGACAGAAACAUACCCUCAACCCCAGAAAAUCAAAGUUCCGUAAGACAGUGACAACCUUGGCUAGAGUCUCUCUCUCUUACCUGGUCCCAGUGGGGUAUAAUUUUAACUAGACUUGGGAGACUUAAAAGCCAGAUAACUGGCCAGAGGCUGUGCUUCCUCCAUCACUGAAGCUCACUGUGCUGUUUGCGAUGGGGAAUUUGUGUCAAAUCUCUUACCAAAGUCUUGUGUUAGAUGAUCUAGUUUUUUCUGCUAACCAAUCAUUUUGGAAAUAAAAGCUUUUUACUACAAAAUUACAAUCUGUUUGGACUUCCACUUGAGAUAGUAAAGAGACUAUAAGAAAAUAAUUGCCAUACACAGCUAUACUUGUAUCUAUUUUUAUCAAUGCCAAAUCAGUUGUAAUCUAAUUUACACCCACAUUCUAAGAAGUUCCAAGCUCCAAUCAGACACUGGGUCACUAACCUGUCACCUUGCCAAUGUGUUUUAUUUUAAGGAAAUCUGCUGUAGUAAAUAAGAAUAAAGCCUGGGCUUCUUUAGACCCAGAACUGAAAACAUUAAAA